AUGGACAUAGGACCCCCAGACGUGCUGGAGCGCAAGGGGGCUUUGACUCUGCGCUCGCAUUGCGUGCAAUAUGGGAGACCCACCCUAAUGUACCGCUGGCACCAAAACAGAGAGGCUGAACCUAAAGAUUAUGAUAUAAAUGAAGUUCCUUUGGGUUCAAAGAAUUUAUGUCAAUCUACUUACUCGAGAUUCGGAACUGUGGAUGGGACAUGGAUCACCACAUACCAGGAUCAUUUGUCUCAACCGUAUACAAAUAAAGGAUAUAGGGAAAUAGAGAUUCGUAAGUCCAUGCUGAAUGAAGAUAAUUUUGAAGAUGGUGUUAUUGACAGGGAGACUGGGAUGCCUAAAACAGGAGUUGGAGCUGUAUUGCCAAGACACCCUUCAGAUCACUUUAAGAUGUAUCUGGAUACAACAUACCGUAUAGACUAUGUUCCUCCAUAUGAUUAUACGCCAUAUGUUGGAGCCCAACCAGAUGGUUAUUCUAUAGUUCAUAGAAAAUGUCACUCUCAGUUUACUGACACAGCAGAUUACAGAAGACAUGGUAUCAACACAUGGCAAGAUGAGAGUGGGAUAUAUGCUAAUAUGGAUAUAAAGCAACAGGUCUUCCCAGUAACUAAUCCUAUAUCGUCAAACGUGCAUGAAGAUCAUUUCUAAGCACUUAUAAUAGAAUCUGAAAUAGACACAUUGUAUGUCAUGUAUUAACUAUUUUCCAAAUAUUCCAAUAAAUAUUUUUGAAAUGCUUGCUACAGUAGAUGCAUUGUUCUGCAAGUGAUCUCUUUAUAUUGGGUUGCACUAUACCAACCUUGUAUGAAGGUUUCCUAUAUAUUGAGUAUUUUUAUGAUUAAGCAUUUUAUGGAUCUUUUACAGAUUGUAUAUACACUGAUCUUAGCUGAACACUGUUGCUGUGAUGGGAGAGUUUAUCAUGGGAAGCAAUGACUCUGAAAAAGCUUUGGGGUUGUGGAUAUGAGCUCCUGUCACAGGGCACAUCACUCACUGGGAUGGUGCCUCCGCCUGGUCACUCUGGGGAUUAGCUCAAGGCAGACACCCUCCCAGACCGCAGUUUUCAUACUAUCACUCUGUCUCUGCAUCUGCCUGCAACCCCUUUUGCUGCCUCAGGAACCGC